AUGGGCAACCUGAAUAUUUGCUCAACAUAUUUCAUUGAUCAGAAUAAUGUAAUUCAGAAUGAAAUGGUAGCAAAUAUUAUCGGAUGGGUGCUGCUGCUGGUGUUAUGUACACUUCUGCAGAAUCUUUUACAAGCAGCAUUUGACUGUAACGAGACAGAAUGUGGUCCUCGAGUAAGUAAGUGUAUGCUGCUGAAAGCUUGCAACUGUUCCAUCAAUCGUGACAGUAUUUUGCAUAACAACUGCUCCUGUUGCAAUGAAUGCAUUCAGUGCCUUGAUAAGCAGUACAUGCAAUGUUGCGCUUGUGUCGGACUCUGUAAUCCAAACAAAGAGGCAUUGCAUUUAAACAGUUAUGUUGAUCGAUUCGAUCAGGAUGAUGAAGAUAUUAUUGUUUUCGACAAGGUCGCACUAGUGAAUAAGGUUGGCACAACAUACACAUUUCCAGCCUUGCGCGAAUACUCGUUUGAUCGCAGAGGUCAAAAUAUGAAAAUGCUGGAGAGGACUCACCGAGAAACGAAUUGCACGGUAGUUUAUCUUGACAAGUGCAUGUCACAUAAACAGUGCAGUCGACAAUGUUUGAUUCUUGGUGCAUCGAUGCUCCGGUGGUUUCAUACGGGUUGUUGCGAAUGUAUAGGACAUACGUGUCUUCCAUACGGUUCAACAACAGCACGAUAUGAUUACGAUGUUGUCUUUGGUGUCGCAAAUACUCAAGGGAACAAGUAGCUUAGUCAGAUUAGUGACAUGAUUGUUUUAUCUUCUGUCAAUCAAAGUUGUUGCGACCAUUUGAGUUUAGCUCUAAAAUAUGGGCUUUAUUUUAUGUUACAUAUCUCACAGGGGCCACUAUGCAAUCGUCAUACCGCAAAUCGGAUGUCACUUCUCAAGGAUCCUUCAUUCGUACAGCUUCAGCAGCAUUUUGAAUCAGAAUGUAAAUAUCUGAAAAUGGCUGAUUUGUUUAAUCAAGAUCCACAACGGUUCCAAAAGUAUAGUUUGACAAUGGAUACGCCAGAUGGACCGAUUCUUUUCGAUUAUUCAAAGAAUAUUAUCAAUGAAGAAACGAUGAAGAAGCUAUUCAGUUUAGCGAAUUCAAGGAAUGUUUUGAAUAUGCGACAGGAUAUGUUCAGUGGGAAGAAAAUCAAUUUCACUGAAGAACGUGCCGUUUUGCAUACUGCAUUAAGAAACGUUAACAAUAAACCCCUGACAUUAGAUGGACAAAAUGUGACAAGCGAUGUGAAUAGCGUAUUGGAACAUAUGAAAGUGUUUUGUGAUCAAGUGAUCAGUGGAACUUGGAAAGGUUAUACAGGUGAAAAGAUUACCGAUGUUGUCAAUAUUGGCAUCGGAGGUUCUGAUUUGGGACCAUUAAUGGUAACGGAAGCACUGAAGCAUUAUCAGGUUGGGCCAGAUGUUCAUUUCGUAUCCAACAUCGAUGGUACGCAUCUAGCGGAGGUGCUAAAGAAAAUUAAGCCUGAAACAACAAUUUUUAUCAUUGCAUCGAAAACAUUUACAACACAAGAGACAAUCACUAACGCUAUCUCAGCGAAAGAAUGGUUUUUAAGCGAAGCAAAGAAUCCUGCGGCAGUCGCUAAACAUUUCGUAGCGCUAUCAACAAACGCUCCAAAAGUUCGUGAGUUUGGUAUUGAUGAAAAUAACAUGUUCGGAUUUUGGGAUUGGGUUGGAGGUCGUUAUUCGCUGUGGUCUGCUAUUGGUCUUUCUAUUGCCGUGCAUAUUGGUUUCGAUAACUUCAAUAAGUUAUUGAAAGGCGCAAGCGCUGCUGACGAGCAUUUUCUUAAUGAACCAGUUGAAAGAAAUAUACCAAUAAUUAUGGCUUUACUUGGUGUUCUCUACAUCAAUUGUUUUAAAGCUGAAACACAUGCUCUACUUCCAUACGAUCAAUACUUGCACCGAUUCGCAGCCUAUUUUCAACAGGGCGAUAUGGAGAGUAAUGGAAAGUUUGUGAUGCGUGAUGGAAACCGUGUCGAUUUUCCCACUGGACCAAUCGUUUGGGGUGAACCUGGAACUAACGGCCAACACGCUUUUUACCAACUUUUACACCAAGGAACGUUUUGUUUUUUAAAUGCAGAACCACUUUAUGAAUUAAAACAAAUUUUCGGGACUCGGCUUGUUCCUUGUGAUUUCAUUGCACCGGUAAAGUCGUUAAAUCCGAUAAGACAAAAUCUCCAUCAUGAUAUUUUGUUGUCUAACUUCGUAGCCCAGACGGAAGCACUAAUGAAAGGUAAAACAGCAAGCGAAGCUGAGAAGGAAUUGAAAGAUUCAGGAAUGAGUGAUGAGAAAAUUCGUAACAUACUACCGCACAAGGUAUUUGAAGGAAACAAGCCCACAAAUUCAAUCAUACUACCCAUAGUAUCUCCAUUUACUCUUGGCACUUUGAUUGCUCUGUAUGAACAUAAGAUUUUUGUUCAGGGUAUUAUUUGGAAUAUCAAUAGCUACGAUCAAUGGGGAGUUGAGCUCGGCAAACAACUGGCAAAAGUGAUCCAAAAAGAAUUUGAAGUGAAUACGGAGUGCAGUUCUCAUGACUCUAGCACUAAUGGCAUCAUUAAUUUUAUUAAAAAGGAGAAGCAAACGAAUAAAUGA